CCGCACGCCAUCGUAUUGCAGCAAUAAGAACGUAGUGAUGGACGAGCACAUGGACGGCAAGCCAAAGCGCAAGGCAGCGUCCAAGGCCAAGGCGCCGGCGCCAAAGCGCGCCAAGAUCAAGAACCCGCUGCCCGUUCAAGUCAGCGACAGCCCGCCGCUGCCGAUUGACACCGACCUCUCGGGGCAAACGUGCUCGUACCACGAAUGCGGGAACCGCGCCAAGGUGGUCCAGAGCUUUGGUAUUUUUUGUAAUCGCCACGCGGUCGUGUUUCCGUGUGGCUUUCCUGGCUGCCGUGAGAAGGCGCCAACGAACGGCACCCGCUGUGCCAAGCACGAGCACCACAAACUCGGCCUCGACGAAGCGCUCUCGGCGCGCUCGCAGAGCAUCCCGGUGUGCCGCACGACCGGCUGCUUCAAGAACGACCAAGGGCGAGGCUACUGCCGCGGCCACGAGAAGCUCAUGAUGGCGACGGGCCAGCUCCCGCACGCGAUCAACAAGCGCCGUCUCAACAGCGCGUACACCAUGUGCUGCUACCCCAACUGCAACAAGCACUCGCAGCGUAACCACUUGUGCCGCAUCCACGGCAACGAGCUCAUCAAGCAAGCCCAAGCCUUUGCGCAGCAGUCGACAAACGAGUCGUUCGACGUCGUUUUGCAGCGUCUCCAGCGCGAGCUGCGCCGCUGCACGCACCCGGGCUGCGAGAAGAACGCGCAGCGCGACCGCCUCUGCACCACGCACUUCCACAUGAAGGACACGGCCGAGAAAGGGUUGCCAAAGACCGACUUGGACAACUUGACGGCCAAGGACAAGGUGCUCAAGUUUUGCUCGGACGACAAAUGCACGCAGCCCGUGUACUGCAAUUGGCUCUGCAAGCAACACUACGAGCAAAAAGAAAAGAAGGGCAAGCACGCGCACAACAACAACAACGCGCACCAGAAACAACCCGCGCCCAAGAAGAAGCCAGCGCCAGCCAAGAAGUCGGCGCUGAACGACGACCUCUUCCAGCUCACGCCGCCGCUGACGGCCCAAGCCGCCUCGAUGGUCGAGCUCUUGUACCCUCCUACGAACAGCAGCACGGCGGCCAACUCAAUCCACCCGACGAGCCACAACAGCACCAGCCACAACAGCCACAACGCAAGUGGCAUGAAGGACACACCCGUCGAGAUGACCCAGCUGCACCUGGACGAGCCGGCGUCGUAUGGCCACAAGAAGGAUAUCGAGUACCGCCACGAUACGCACAAGCCGCCGCCCCACAGCACGUCCAUGAGCUUCCAGCAGCACAACUCGUUUGCGCGGCCGACGUACGCGCCGCGGUACACCAACGCCAUGGGCUACGACUACCUGCCUACGCAGCACGCCGUCAACAAUGACAACCAGAGUUUCAACGUCCAAGAGUACGGCCGGCACUACCCGACGCUGCUGCCACCGUCGACGCGCCUCUGCGCGAGCGCCGGCUGCAACCGCGACGUCUCGUCGAGCGGCAAGAGCAUGUGCGACGUCUGCCUCAGCGUGCUCACGCAAGUGCACGCGUUUUCACCGACGAUCCAUCCGUUCGGGACGCACACGCCGUCGUACGAGCCGAGUAGCCACAAGCCGAGCUCGACGAGCUACGCGUCGUGGCCCCAGACUCCGUACUUUUACGCCGCCAUGGACAAGAACGACUACUACAAGCCCAAGGCGGCGUGUCGCUUCCGCGGCUGCACGCACAGCACCAAGCUCGACGCUGCAGUCUGCGCCGAGCAUAGCCAAGCGACGUUUUGUACGGCGGCCGCGUGCGAAGAGGUGCUGCCGUCGCCCGGUCUCUGCGGACUCCACGCGAUGGAUAACCAGUGCUGCUACGACAACUGCGCACAGAGCCGCCUCUCGCAGGUCGCGUGCGUCGAGCACGAAAUGGCCUCGCAGUGCACGCAUCACCAGUGCGCCAAGUUUGCGGCCAAAGGCCACAGCGUCUGCUCGUUGCAUCUCAAGAGCGUUGGCAGCUGCAAGCUCUGCCUUGUGUACGAUGUGCCGUGCGCGGUGCCCUCGGCGAUGGCGACCGGCGUCGGCAACCCCAACACCAACGAGAACGUCGCGAUGCUGCACCACAACCACAAUUCGCUGCACAGCAAUGCGCACGUGUCCGGUCACAAACUGUCUUUCUAGUCGCGUGUCGUGUUUGCCAUGAAUCCUAAUCCCGAGCCGUUUUGAUGUGUAUUGUCCGCA